AUCUUUUUAUCUUGUCCAACCUGCUCAUGUUACUGAUGAGGAAACUGAGGCCCAUGGAGGGUGCAAAAGGGAAACCAGAGAACUCAAGCAAAGUGACUAAGGAGGCGGAGAAGAUGGGUCUACUCAGCAUAGACUUGUUGAUUACACUGCAAAUCCUGCCAGGUUUUUUCUCCAACUGCCUUUUCCUGGCUCUCUAUGACUCGGUCAUCCUCCUGAAGCACGUGGUGCUGCUGCUGAGCCGGUCCAAGUCCACUCGUGGCGAGUGGCGGCGCAUGCUGACCUCAGAAGGGCUACGCUGUGUCUGGAAAAGCUUUCUCCUGGAUGCUUACAAACAGGUGAAAUUGGGUGGAGAUGCCCCCAAUUCCAGUGUAGUCCACAUUACCAGAGCUGAAGUUGGGAAUGGUCAACAGAACAAUUCCAAGUGGAAGAGAUUUGAUGGGGGAUAUGGAGCUGAGUGCCAUCUCCUAGAUUUUGCCAAUCCUGAGCGCCCACUGGUUGUCAACUUCGGUUCUGCCACUUGACCACCGUUCAUAAACCAGCUACCGGCCUUUAGCAAGCUGGUGGAAGAGUUUUCAACAGUGGCUGACUUCUUAUUGGUCUACAUUGAUGAAGCUCAUCCAUCAGAUGGUUGGGCGGUGCCUGGUAACUCCCCUGUGUCUUUUGAGGUGAAGAAACACCGGAACCAGGAAGACCGCUGUGCAGCAGCCCAUCAGCUCCUGGAGCGUUUCUCCUUGCCGCCCCAGUGCCAGGUGGUGGCUGACUGCAUGGAUAACAAUGCCAACAUAGCCUAUGGGGUAUCCUUUGAGCGUGUGUGUGUUGUGCAGAGACAAAAAAUUGCUUACUUAGGAGGGAAGGGCCCCUUUUUCUAUAACCUUCAGGAAGUCCGACUUUGGCUAGAGAAGAACUUCAGCAAGAGAUGAAAUCCAGGUUAGCUGGAGGAAUUUCUGAGUUGCAUAGUGUCCUAUUAAAAAUAACAAAAAAGGAAGGGGGGAGGAAGAGAAGGA